AGCUCACCUCUCCUGCCUGGAGCUCCUUCGCCUCCAGCCCAUCCUCUGCAAAAUGCAGCAGCUGCAUCUUCUCUGCCUCAGUCUCCUGGUGCUGGGAUGUAUCCUGGAUGUGCACGGCGGGAACAACGUCCUCGACUGCUGCCUGCGGACAAAGGAGACGCCCAUCCCAUGGCGGAUAGUGCAGGAUUACCGGCUCCAGCUGGUGCAGGAUGGCUGUGACAUCCCUGCUACAGUAUUCAUCACCACAAGGGGCAAGCGCCUCUGUGCCCCGCUCCGGUCCCCGUGGGUGAUUCGUCUCCAAGAGAAGCUGGAUGCGAGCUUUGCCAGGAAGGCCAAACCCCAGGGCAAAUAGUCUCCAAAGAAGCCCAUGGCUGGUACCAACACCUCGAGUGGGACCAGCUCCCAGUUGUGAAUCUGAUGCUAAUGGAGCCAACCUGCUUCCACUUCCAGCCUCAGGGCUGACACCCCUCAGGACUUGUGCCAGUGUGUGGGGCUGGGCAGCGCCCUGUCUGCUCUCUCCCUUUCCUUCUGUCUCUGAUGUGACCCAAAUACCUGUGUCAGGCUGAGCCAAGGGCUGUGGGACUCCUUUGGCUUUGUAGCCUGGAAGCUGGUUGAUGGACUGAUCUGCAAGGCGAGUUUGGGCAGUCUCAGACUUCCCUUCAGCACAGCAGCUGUGACCUCCAGCUCUAGUUUGAUCCAUUUGGUUUCCGUUGUCAGCCCCAAGCAUGACUCCUUCUGCAUCCCUGGGAAAGGCUGCUGGGAUGGGACAGUGUUGGGAUGGAGGGAAUGCUGGAGAUGUUCCUCAAUAGCCAUGCACAACUUAGAUGCACUUGGACAAUAUAUGGUCAAUGUGGUUCCUCUCUCACUCCUGACUUCCUGACACCAUUUGCUGCCCUUCCUUGCAAGGGUAGAAAUAGAGCCAGUAACUUGGCAGCUGCAGAGCAGGCAGUGAUGUCGCUCUUAGCCCCUUCUCUCCUCAGGGACAUUGAUCCCCUUCUCAGUUCCCCAGCCUGACACCACCUUCAAACCCUGUCCCAUGCCCAUGCCUGGAGCUCUCAGGUUAUUUGCUGCUAGAUCUGUUCAUUGCAACUAUUCUGUGUGUAUGCUGCUUCUUUUCUCUCUUUUUUAUUGUGCUGAGAUUUUGUUAAAUAAAAAGAAAA